GCGAGUGUGGCAUCGGCAACGCAUGAGCACUGUUAUUCCUAUUAAAAUCUACAGCGGACCUUACGUUAUUACUGUACGACAAUCGUAGAACGGCGGGAUUAUGGUUGUCAAGAAGGAGCAGAGACGUGGAAGAAGACAAAGCAUAUAGCGGGGCCUGUGUUUGCACUGCGGACUCCGCCUCAGCCCCCGGGGGCCUCGCAUGACCGCCCAGCGUCCGGCCUCAGAGAACGGGGAGAGGGGGGUACCUGUCGUCUGACCUGUGAGGUCUCGCUCCUUCACUCCGGGCUCCGCCGCUCCUCUCCGCUCCUGCCCCUGUGACGGCGCGCCGCUCUUCCCACACCGCCAUCCCUUCAGCGGCUCCCCGCGCUGCCAUUGGUUAGGCUCGCUAAUCGAUUGCGUUCAGUCACGGUUCUUAAGCGGAUCAGAGAACGCCUUCACCUGCCGGGGGAGGAGUGACAGCGCACUGCACGUGAGGCUCCAUGGCGGUCCUCUGAUGUCUCCGCUGUGGUGAAUACCGUGCCCAGCCCACUGUUUCCGACAGCCAAUCAGGGAGCCCAUGGAGGGCUUCCCGGUCCACUGAACCACAGUGCAGGCCCGAGCUGGUACCGGAACCAUGUCUGCCUGCAACACCUUCACCGAGCAUGUGUGGAAACCCGGCGAGUGCAAGAACUGCUUCAAGCCCAAGAACCUGCACCGUCUGGCCGAGGGGGGCCCCAAGAAGAGCGGGGCCCCUGAACGGGCCGCGCCCCGACAGAACCCGCCUCCUUCCGGAGGGAGACCCAACGCCAACCUCAGUGGGAGCGGAGCCGGGUACCAGCGGGGCGGAGUGUCCACCCGUUCCGGAAGCUUCCGGCCCCCGGUGGCCAAGAAGCCCACCAUCGCGGUCAAGCCCACCAUGAUGCUGCCCUGCGCGGGGGGGGUGCUGGACACCGAGGGCAACCCGUCUCCCGGAGACGCGGGCGAGGGCCCCAAAACCUCGGCGUUCACCGUGUGGAACCGCAACGGGCUGAACCGCAAGCGGCCGGGCGGGCUGAACAACAACGAGGGCGAGGGCGACGCGGACGAGAUCCAGGGCUACGGCCCCCGCGCCUGCCGCGUGCCCCUCAGCCCCCCCGGGGGGAGCGGCAACAACAACAACAACGGGCUGACGGACGUCCUGAAGGAGAUCGCAGGCCUGGUGCCCAGCUCCACGGGCGGGAGCUCCAGAGACUUGUUUCUGGGGCGCAUCGGGUCCUCCUACAGGCGCUCCCUGGAGAGGGGUCUGCCGGCGGCCGGCUGCCUGGCUCUGGGGGGGCGAGAGGGGGGUCAAGAAGGGGGUCGCAAGCGCGUGUCCCUGAGCGACAGCGCUGAGGUCAUCAGCGCCGAGGGCGGCCGCUUCUGCUACCCGGAGUUCUCCAGCGAAGGGGAGGACGACGAAGACGAGGAUGAGGAGGAGGAGGAAGAGGAGGACAGCGAGGGGCGCGGGGAGCACGAGAGCUGGGACGAGAGCGACGAGGAGCUGCUGGCCAUGGAGAUCCGCAUGCGAGGCCAGCCCCGCUUCGCCCACUUCCGCGCCGCCACCCUCUCCCCCGUGCCCUUCGCCGCCGGCAAGAAGUGGAACACCGUGCCCAUCCGGAACCGCUCCCUGCAGCGGCUCUGCGCUGUGGACUAUGACGACGGCCUCAACGGCUACCCCUCCAUGAGUGACUCCAACGGCCUGCAGGGGGCCUUCUACUCCAGCCCGGACCCCACCACCUCCCCCGAGUCCUCCUCCUCCCUGCCCGAGGACUCGCGCACUGCCACCUCCUCCAGCAGCAGCAGCAGCAUCGCUCCCUGUGGCCUGUCUAACGGACUGCACUCUCCGGCCGCGCCUCCCCCCCGGGAGCAGCCCCCCAGAGAGCAGCCCCAUAGAGAGCAGCCCCCCAGAGAGCAGCCCCAUAGAGAGCAGCCCCCCAGAGAGCAGCCCCCCAGGGCCCUGCGCUCCCCCCGGGCCACUGAGACCCACAAGGCCGUGCUGGCCAUCCGCCUGGAGGACCAGGAGGGGCAGAAGGACGGGGCUCCCCUGCCCAUGGCGCACCCCGGCCAGCCGAUCACCAUCAGCUUCAGCCCCACAGAGGAGCAGGCUCGGCCCUACCGCGUGGUCAACCUGGAGAAGCCACCCGUCUGCAAGCCUUACACUGUGGUGGACGUGUCUGCAUCUAUGGCCAGCACCGACAGCCCGGCCCCUAAACCCAAGGGGCCCUCUGUCUCAUCCCCUACCUCUGCCUCCAACCCCUGCUCCCCAUUGGGUCAGCCAAUGUCCCCUCUGGGUCAGCCAAUGUCCCCACUGGGUCAGCCAAUGUCCCCACUCGGACAGCCAAUGUCCCCUAUUUCCCUGGCGAUGGCCACACCUUCAUCACUGCUCAACGGCUCCCGUAAGAAGUCCAGCAGCAUCCGCUACCAGGAGGUGUGGACCUCCAGCACCAGCCCCCGACAGAAGCUGCCCAGGGUGGAGCCGGCGGGCGCAGCAGGGGUCCCAGGGCCAGCCAUCCCGCCCAGAUACUGCAGCCACAAAUCGGCCCCCACCUCGCCCACAGCGGGCCUCUCUUCCUCGUCCCGCACGGUGCCGGUGAAGUCGCCCAAUCUGUCGGAGAUAAAGUUCAACAGCUACAACAACGCCGGCAUGCCCCCGUUCCCCAUCAUCAUCCGAGAUGAGCCGGCCUACCCCCGCGGCUCCAAGAAUGCCGUCAAGGUGCCCAUCGUCAUCAACCCCAGCGCCUACGACAACCUGGCCGUCUACAAGAGCUUCCUGGGCCUUAGCGGGGAGCCGCCCCAGUCAGGCGGCAGGGUGGCCAGCCACACCUACGAGGAGAUCGGGUCCUCCGAAAGCGUUCAGACCGCCACCCCUACCACCUCGCCUUCUACAGAAGCCCCCCCUGGAGGGAAGGUGGAGUCUCCGUGCGGGGAGGACAGGAAGGUCAGCCCAGUGGCGCAGAAGAUCCACGAACUCAACGGAAGAACCACUACGGACUACACCACUGUGAACGCCUCUGUCUCUAUGGGCUCUGCGCCUGCUGCCAUGGCAACGGCCACCCUUUCCGCGCAGGCGGGCACCUUGGCCAAGAGCACCGCCCCGGGCCGGUACCGGAAGGGGAGCGGGGACACGGCGGGGGCCGGUACGGCACCCGGAGGCCUGGGGACGGGGACGAGCCACCGGGAGAAGGCCAGCACCGUCCUGUCCCAGAUCGUGGCCUCCAUCCAGCCCCCGCGGUCCCCGCCCGAAUCGCCCGCCGCGCAGAGCAGGACCUGCAGCGCGGAGGAGCUGUACGCCCUGCCGCCCGACGCCAAGGAGACGCUCAGCCGGCCCAAGUCCCUCUUCACCUCCGCCGCCGAGGGCUGUCUGUCCAAACCCAGGAAGGACACGCUCCCCAAGCAGCUCCCCAAAUCACACAGCGCCUCGGCAGCCAGCCCCACCACCGGGCCCGCCCCCACCCCACCCACAAGCCCCAAGUCAGAGCCCAACGCCCCCUUCCCUCCCCCCAGGUCCACCUCGUCCCCCUACCACGCCAGCAACCUCCUCCAGAGACACUUUGGGAACUGGGCCAAGCCGGCGGCAGCGGGAGCCGGCGGUCGCCCCAGCGACGGGGAGACCAGCCCGGGCAGCGGGGGCGAGGGGGGCAGGCGGGCGGCGGCGGCCGAAACCGCCAAGCCCAAGCGCUGGAUCUCCUUCAAGAGCUUCUUCCGCCGGCGGAAGGACGAGGAGGAGCAGCGGGAGCGGGCGGAGCGCGAGAAGGAGAAGGGCAAGCUGGUGGGGCUGGACGGCACCGUCAUCCACAUGCUGCCGCCCCCGCCCAUACAGCGCCACCACUGGUUCGCCGAGGCCAAGACCGACGACCCCACCCAGAAGCCCACUCUCAUCUUCACCUACAGGCCCGAGGGGGGCGCCGGCGCCGAGGACGGCGGCCCGGAGGAGACCAUCGAGACCACACAGCCGCUCCCCAUCCAGGAGGAGGCCCAGGAGCCCGCCCCGCUGUCCCCGGGGUCCCCAGGGCCGGCCGGGGAGGGGCAGAGCGAUAAGGACAUCAGCCAGGUCCCCAAACAUGGGCCCAGCCGGGGGCCCAGGGAGGGCCCUGAGACCAGGGGUCCCCCUGUGGCCUCUCUCCCCGUACAGACGGGCAUCUCACCGCGGGAGGAGAGUGCCAGCGUGGGGGCCACGCCCGCGUCCAGCCUGGGGGAGCCCGAUGAGGACGGCAGCCACUCCCACUCCCCGGCCUCCAGCACCUGCAGCGCCACCUACAGCAACCUGGGUCAGUCCCGGGCCAGCAUGAUCCCACUGAAGCACCCCAGGAACAUCAAAGCCUCUGACGACAACCUGGCCUGGAACGAGCAGGAGGCCCUGGAGGACGGCCCCAAAGCCACGCCCCCCCCACUGCCCAAGAAGACGGUGGCCCGCGCCAACACCGAGCCCGCCACGCUGGGCAAGGAGCCCCCGGCCCCCCGACCCAAGGGCGAGGCCAAACCGGGGGGCACCAACCUGAGCGUGGCCAACCCCCUGUACGACCUGGACUCCACCUGGGAGACGGCCAGCCAGAGCUCCUCGCUCAGCUCCGAGCCCCGCCCCCUGGAGCAGGAGUCCGGCGAUUCGCUGGAGCGGCCGGCGGGCGGGCCGGGGCGGCCCACCAACAGCCUGUCGUGCCUGAGCUCCACCCCGGGCCCCGGGGCCGGCCGGGACAAGCGGGGCUGCCGCAGCGCUGAGUCGCUGGCGGGGCGGGGCCGGGCGGCGGGGCGCGGGGGCGCGGCGAAGCCCCAGAGGCCCGUGCUGUACAAGGGCACGGAGAACUGGGAGGAGGUGGUGGGCCGGAUCCGCGGCCUGCACACGGACACCCUGCGCAAGCUGGCGGGGCGGUGCGAGGACCGCUUCAUGGCGGGGCAGAAGGACCACCUGCGCUUCGGCACCGACAGCUGGUCCCACUUCCGCCUCACCACCGGCCGGCCCUGCUGCGAGGCCGGAGACGCCGUGUACUACACCGCCUCCUACGCCAAGGACCCGCUCGUCAACUACGCCAUCAAGAUCUGCAGGAGUCAGGUGAAGGAGACCCAGCAGCAGUUCUUCCACAGCCUGGCGGUGAGGCAGAGUCUGCCUGUGCACUUCAACAUCCAGCAGGACUGCGGACAUUUCCUGGCCGACGUCCCCACCCGCCUGCUGCCCUGGGAGGAAGAGGAAGAGGAGGAGGAGGAGAAGGACGGCGGAGAGCAGAAGGAAGGCGACGGGGAGGAGGGGAAGACGAAAGAGCUGAGCGAGAAGAUGAAGACCGCGGCGAAGAAGAAGAAGGAGGAGGGGGAGGAAGAGGGGGAGCUGGCGGAGGGCGGGGGCGGGACCCUGCGGAGCCGGGUGGUGGUCAUCACCCGCGAGGUGCCCUUCCAGACGGUGGCCGACUUCGUGCGGGAGGGGGCGGCGCGCCACGCCCGGAACCCGGACCUGUACGAGCGGCAGGUGUGCCUGCUCCUUCUGCAGCUGUGCUCGGGGCUGGAGCACAUGAAGCCCUACCACGUGACCCACUGCGACCUGCGUCUGGAGAACCUGCUGCUGGUGCACUGCCAGCCCGGCAGCCCCUGGAGCCCGGAGCCGGCGGAGCCCAACAACAACGCGGCCGCCCCCUGCCCCGCCCGCCUCAUCAUCAGCAACUUCUCCCAGGCCAAGCAGAAGAGCGCGCUGGCCGACCCCGGGGAGCUGCGCGACCAAUCGCGGCUGGCCCCCGAGAUCGUCACGGCGACGCAGUACCGCAAGUGCGACGAGUUCCAGACGGGGAUCCUCAUCUACGAGAUGCUGCACCGGCCCAACCCCUUCGAGGAGACGCCCGAGCUGAAGGAGAGGGAGUACACCGGCGCCGACCUGCCCCCGCUCCCCGCCCGCUCCCUGUACUCCCAGGGCCUGCAGCAGCUGGCCAGCCUGCUGCUCAACGCCAACCCGUCGGAGCGCAUCCGCAUGGGCGACGCGCGCGCCUGCCUGCAGUGCCUGCUCUGGGGCCCGCGCGAGGACCUGUUCCAGGCCCUGCGCUCGGCCCCGGGGCCCGCGCAGCGCCACGCCACGCUGCAGAACUGGCUGGACCUCAAGCGCACGCUGAUGAUGAUCAAGUUCGCCGAGCGCUCGCUGGACUCGGGCAGCGGGGUGAGUCUGGAGGACUGGCUGUGCUGUCAGUACCUGGCCUUCUCCUGCCCCGAGACGCUGGCGCGCGUGGUGCCCAUCCUGCAGCAGACGCCCACGCAGCUCUGAGGUCCCUCGGGACCCACCCUGCCAGCCUGCUGUCCGCCAUCCUCCAAACCCGCACAUGUCCUCUGAACAAAAACAAAAACAGAACAAACCACCAUCCGCUUUCUCCCGACAGAUGCAGUUUCCCGCGCUGUACUCAAAGUAUUUUUAGAUUCAUGGAUGUGUUUCGAUUUCUUUGUUGUCUUAUUGUUUUGGUUUUUUUUUUAAUCGCUGGGUUGUGCUGAUGGUUUUAUGACUUUUAAAUCUGUUUGGCUUUGGGAAGUUACGGAACGGGGUGGCGGAAGUGAGCCUGUAGUUCUGAAGGUCCUCUGGUCUCCAUCGCACGUCUUGUCUUUCCGCGUCGUGCCUGACCGGCCCUCAACGUCUUCUCUUCCUUUGAUAGUGCGAUGCACAGUACGUUCAGCCUGGGAGGAUACGAGUGGGAAUGCUGUUCUCGAUGUUUCCAGAACUUGGCCUCUUGCUCUUUCUCGGCGUAUUCGUAACUCGCGCUCGAGUGACCUGCAGGAGCGCACGGGUGUGACACGCUGAGGUGCAAUUUGGGACGGAAGGCAGGGCUUCCUGGUGCCGGGGUCGGAGAGAGGGAGAGAGGGAGAGAGAGAGACUGUUGUUCAGGCUACCUCGGCGUCAGUGAGCAAACCACCUUCUCAUCAUUCUCACACCAUGUCAGGCAGCAGGUCCUCAGUGUUACUGCGGUCUCAGGAGGGGUCUCCAUAAGGUCACUCUCACCGCUGAAUACUAACAGUGUCCUUGGGUAUGGCACCACGGCAGCCAGCAGAUCUCUGGCAAACACAUCACUUUACCAGAGCCCAGCUCCUUUAUGGAAGCGGAAUGUAAGGCAAUAUAUUGCAAUGAAUUUUUAAAAUGUAUAUAAUAUAUAAAUAUAGAUAAUUAUAGACAUAUGUCAGUGUAUUUAAAAAUAUAUAUUUCAAUAUCUGAGAAUGACAUGAAUUUGCAUAUUUGCCCCUUGAAUUGUACAAUAUCCUGAUUCCUCCCCCCCACAGUAUAUUUUCACUAUGUUCUGUUUCCAUAAGGGCGGUUCUGGGUGCUGCUUUGAGUUCAGGACUAGCCCCGCUCUAGUCUGAACGUGUAGAGAAAGUCGACUGCAAAGUUAACGCUGCGUUAAGCUCUCCAACCUGAACACGGUCUUCCCCCGGUUAGCCUGAACAUCCAAUGGUAGAAAUAAGUGGUUUCUGUCAUCUUCCGUGAGCCACACACGCUCCAUAGAUUCCCUUCAUCACAAUCAUCCGAUUACCUGAGAAUACCUUAGAGAAAGAACAACGACAGCCAAUUCCCUGUCAGCAACCAGUGACAAAACACAGGCGCCUCAUUGCUUUUCAGUGUCAACGUCGAGGCUAAUGGCGGUCAAGCUUAAGAACCCGGUAUCUUGUGCUCGAAUUGAGAAGAGAGAGCACAACUUCAUCAUAUCGCAUUGCUUAUUUGCCGGCUUAUUUCGAAGGUACCAUAUAAAAUUCACUUUUCUAUUUUUGUGCCACAGAUUAUAUUUAUGCAAAAUUUGAAUGCCAAAGAUGGACGACCCAAGUAUGUAUGAUGUCUGUGUUUCGCUGUAGGACUGCCCUUGAGAAUGCCACAGGUUGUAGUCCGUCACUGAAAAGUCGUCAUAAUCACCUGUAAUGAAGUGACCUUACGCUAUAGAAACAUAUUACUGUCUUUAUCUGAAAAUUAUCCAUUGUCAAAAUGUUCUUUUCUCACUUCUUCUUUUUUUCUUUUUUUAUUGUAUCAUUUGUUUGGUUAGCGUUGUCCUGCAUUGUCCUUGUUAAAACGCCUAGGGUCAUCCCUGUUUUCUCCAUCAAAACUUCAAGCAAAAGCAGAGGUCAGAAAAGUUCUGUUGAUCUGUUAUUCGGAGAGGGGGGGGGGGGGGUGUUGAAUCCCUAGAAAAAGAUACUUUUUACUUUUGGAUAUACGUGCAAUUAUUGUAAAUGUGUUACCUUGGCAAAUGACAGUAUUUAAAGGUAUGUAUGUACUCCAUAUUACAGCACACCCUCUGUUAUCUUCACUUUCCCUACGGGCACAUAACUGAGACGUAUAACAGACGGCACAUGGUUCAUCCUGUGAGGAGAGGCCCAGCGAUGAGGACCGCAUCCUGGGCUCAACUUGGAUUGUAUGCAUGAGGGACUGCAUGGUUUUUCACAUUUUGAAUCGUUUCUGUCUGCUUUAUUUCUCUCUCUCUCACUCUCUCACUCGUUAUAACGGCUCGGACUGAUCAGAGAUUGCACACCUUCAUUAAGAGCGGAGAAACACGUGCUCCUGGAUCGAGCUGAGGAGACAGAGGCAGGACACCUCGAUGGGGGGAAGCACACGAGCUGCCAUUUUGAUUACAGGGUGAAUGUGGAAUGUACGAGUCUGUUACGAGUCAUCCCCAAUCCCGGCAGGCUGAACCACUAUGCUGUGCACGAGGGGCGUGGAUCAGUGGACAGUGAGCACUACCUGUACAACCCCUCCUUCCCCAGCCACUAAACACCCCCCCGAGCCCGGCAACAUGCACUGUUCCGCCCUUAAGCCCCGCCCUUCCACCCGGCUGAUCUUCAGAAGCGUUGACGAUUGGUUAAAAACUUCCCUGGGGGAACAGGUACACGCACGCACAUGACAGCAAGCCGGUUUCACAGAAGUCCCCGGCUAGUAUUUUUACCUUUCAGAAGUAUUUAUUUUAUACAGGCACAGAAAUGGCCGCACGGACGUAAUCAUGCACGUGACUGACGGUGUGGUGGAGUGAGUUGUCUGUCGAUGAACUGGGCUGUAAGCGGAGCGGGACGUGGACUGGAUGUUUUUAGGGGAGCGAGUGUCUGUACCCACGGGGAGAUGCUCCUCCAGGGCACACUGGCUCCAAGCUGCUGCUGGAAAAUGACCUACAGUGGAAGAGACUGGACUGCACAGGUGGCUGUCCUCCCUUUCUGUGGAGUGUUUUUUUUUUUCCCAAUGUAGACGAUGCUUACGAUAUAUAUCUAUGUAUAUAUACUGUAUAUACGCUCAGUAAGCACUUUAUUAGGUAGGCCUGUACACCAGCUUGUUAAUGCAAGUAUUUAAUCAGCCAAUCAUGUGGCAGCAACUAAGCAAGCAUACACGCAUGCAGACAUGGUCAAGAGGUUCAGGUGUUUUUUUUUUCAACAAAAUGUCAGAAUGGGGAAGAAAUGUGCUCUAAGUAACUUUGACCGUGCAAUGACAGGGUGGUUUGAGUAUCUCCAAAACUGCUGAUUUUCACACACAACGGUCAUUUGAGUUUGCAGAUAAUGUUGCGAAAAACAAAAAACAUACAGUGAGCAGCAGUUCUGCAGGCAGAAACAUGUUGUAAGUGAAUGAGAGAGGUCAGAGGAGCAGGGCCAGACUGGUCAAAGCUGGUCAAACUGGUCAAAGCUGACAGAAAGGUGACACUAAUGCAUUACAGUGGUAUGCAGAAGAGCAUCUCUGAACAUACAAGGCAUCAAACUUCUAAGUGGGUAGGCUACAGCAACAGAAGACCAAUACGUCAAAAAAAUCCAAUAAAUACCUAAUGAAGUGCUUACUUGAGUGCAUAUUGCACUGGUACCCAUCUGGCCAGACUGGCAUGGUCUAAUGUGCAAACUAAACCAGAAAAGCUUUAUUGUUUUUGUGUUUUUAACCAAUCUUGUACUGUGGGACAGUUUUGGGAUGGACUGCGAUGCCUUUGUCAGUAUGACCCCCUGUGUACAGUGCAGAGCACUAACGGCGCAGACGCGAGGAGGGGGACUUUAUUUGCACAGUGUCUGAGCGGAUGAGGGACAGCUGGCCGGGGGAAGCGUUUCGGGACUGCACUCCACGCCAGCGCGCUGCGUCACUCGCCGGUCUUCAUCAGCAGCGGAGCCUGGCUGCUGUUCGCCAUCGCAUUGUAAUAGCCACUGAACACGCGGGAGGGCUCUCCGCUUCUAUAUAUGUGUAUAUCUCUCGGCGUAUUGCCACUCGUUGUUGAUCAAGUUAACCAACAGUAACAAAACAAUAAAUAUAUGUUUUUAUAUA